AUGGAAGGAUUUGCCCAUGAGAUCCUCCAUCAGUAUCGUAAUGACCGCCGGCCGAGGAAGACCUAUUUGAUUGCUGUUACGUUAGAUAUGCCGAACCACGGUGAUCGCGAGAUUAGCGGGGAAGCAAAUCUUUCCUGGGAUUCAGGUAAUGAGACACAUGGCCCUGAUAUGCUCUCCCUUAUAUCGGCAUCAGCGUCUGAUUUCGGCAUUUUAUUCGACUAUUUCCCAUCCUAUAUCCCCGGCCGCUUCAAAAAGUUCUACAACAUUGCGGCAGGUGUGUCCCUUGAGGACAUGUCGCGUGGCGCGUAUCCAUAAGAAGAGCAGCGACGCUGGCCGGAAUCCCUCAGUAAGAUAGUGCAAGAGACCGACCGUGCUAUUGAGGAAGACUUUCCGAAGGAUAUUCCUAUAUUGAUCCAGAACGGAGAACUAGAUCUUCUUGUACCCAGUGAAUUUGCAACCCAGCGGGUACAGCAUACCAAUCCAGAUCCGUGCAAGAAGAUUGAGUGCUUUGUGCAGAAGAACACAGGGCACACAUGUACAAAGGAGAUUAUCGCUAACACAGCUGAUUGGCUAGUGAGGUUGUUUAUGAUAUAG